CUCGCGUUUCGACACGUUUGUCUGUUAGUUUGCAUGAGCGUGCGCGUGUGUGCGUUUUGACCGCCCUGUUGUGACGUCACUCGGGUGCGGGCUUCAGAAUCAGUGCGUGGCAGUCGUGUGAAAACCAGCCUAGACAGCAGCCAGCCAAACAAGUGGACUUUUGGAUACAAGAAGAAGAAAAGUCACAUAAGAACAAACAGGCCUGCUGUGUGCCCGUCGCCCACUCAUGAGAUCCACGACGACCACCCACGCGUGGACUUCCUGCAAGUUGCUUCAAGACAGAGCACAGCCGUCAUGGAUCAAUCCAUUGCCGUCCAAGACACACUGCAAGGAGACGAAAACUGCAUCAUAGCUGUUCAAUGCGACGUCCUCUCGGACGACAUGACUGAAAGCAGACUGCUGGGAUUGGUGGAGUCUGCCAAAGAGCAUGCAAUCUUUAUUUAUACCCACCGGAGGAUGGCCAUUACUGCAGAGGACGUAUCUCUGGAGGACAUUGUCCCAAUCGACCUGGACUUUGCUGUUGUCGAGAUUUCCUCUCCAGAGGAGCUUGUACUUGUUGGUGCUGAUACGCGAGUGCGAGUGAGUUACAAGCAUGAAAGCGUGGAGCUCACGCUUCCCUUCGGGUCUCACUCGAGACUCUUCCUCAGCCAGGUCAUCCGGGCGUGGAGCGAUGUUUGCAAGAUUCCCAAGCAAGAAGGCAAAUUUGAGUGGAUGGGCAAAUACCGAAGUGGCACCAAAGGACAGGGAGUUGUCAAACAAGCCUUCGCGCCCCUCGGCACAACGCUCCAUAAACUCAACCAGCAUAGGAAAACAGAGAAAGCGACAGACAAGAAAAAGCGAAGUUUGGAACGGCUAAAGGUCUCCAACAGUGCGACGCCACCGCGCAGCUCCAAAACAGAGAGUCAGGGCGUCUCCAGCGAGGACGUCUCCAGCCGGUCGGAGCGGGAUGAGCUGGUGCGCUCGUCCAGCCACACACCGUCCAACAAAUCUCACAUUCUAGCCAUGCCGCAGUUCGGCCUGCGCGACAACCUCAUCAAGUGCGAGCUGCUGAAGAACGAGGACCUGUACAUUUACCGAGAACAUUUCAGCUUUUUCCUGGGCACAUACAAUGUGAAUGGGCAGGCGCCCAAAGAAAGCCUCCGCCCGUGGCUGAGCUGCACGCCGGAGCCUCCCGACAUGUACUGCGUGGGCUUCCAGGAGCUGGACCUCAGCAAAGAGGCUUUCUUCUUCAACGACACCCCCAAAGAGAUGGAGUGGACUAAGGCUGUGUCGGACGCUUUGCAUCCUGAUGCCAAGUAUGCCUUAGUGAAGUUGGUGCGGCUCGUGGGCAUCAUGCUGCUCUUCUACGUGAGGAAGGAGCAUGCCAAGUUCAUUUCGGAGGUAGAGGUGGAGUCUGUGGGGACCGGCAUCAUGGGGAGGAUGGGCAACAAAGGUGCGGUGGGCAUCCGCUUCCGCUUCCACAGCUCGGACAUCUGCGUGGUCAACUGUCACCUGGCGGCGCACGUGGAAGAGUACGAGAGGCGCAAUCAGGACUACAAAGACAUUUGCAGCCGCCUGCAGUUUCGCCAGGCUGACCCCACGCAGCCGCCGCUGACCAUCAUGAUGCACGAUGCGGUCUUAUGGAUCGGUGACCUCAACUACAGGAUCAGCGAUCUGGAUGUCAACAACGUGAAGGAGCUCAUCAGCAAGAAGGACUUUGAGAUGCUGCACACGUACGAUCAGCUCAAGAGGCAGAUCGACGAGGAGGCGGUGUUUGUCGGCUUCGUGGAGGGGGGCAUCGAUUUCCAGCCCACCUACAAAUACGACACCGGCUCCGACAUGUGGGACACGAGUGAAAAAUGCCGCGUGCCUGCGUGGUGUGACCGCAUCUUGUGGCGAGGGAAGGACAUCGGUCAGCAGCAUUACCAGAGUCACAUGGCGCUGAAGACCAGCGACCACAAGCCCGUCAGUUCCCUCCUCGUCAUUGGGAUCAAGAGAGUCAAUGCCGAGUCCUACAAGAAAACCUUUGAAGAGAUUGUUCGCAAUUUAGACAAAAUGGAGAACGAGUGCAUUCCGUCGGUCACCUUGUCCGAACGAGAGUUCCACUUUGAGAAGGUGAAGUACAUGGAGAACCACGCCAGGACGCUGUGCAUCGUCAACGACGGCCAGGUGCCGUGUCAGUUCGAGUUCAUCCCGAAGCCCAACGAGGCCACGUACUGCAAAGCCUGGCUCACGGCCAACCCCCCCAAAGGCUUCAUUGCUCAGGGUGCUUCCGUGGACAUCGAGCUUGAGGUUUUUGUGAACCGCACCACGGCGCCCGACUUAAAUUCCGGCAAGCAAGCCAUCGAAGACAUCCUGGUCCUCCACCUGGAGCGCGGCAAGGACUACUUCAUCUCGGUGACGGGAAGCUACCUGCCCAGUUGCUUCGGCACCCCCCUCCACGUGCUGUGUCGGCUGAGGGAGCCCAUCCAGGACAUGCCGCUGGAGAGCCUCCAACAAAUGAUGGAAACGUCGGUGAACGACAACGCGGGAAGCACGGAAAAGCCGCUCGACAUUCCCAAAGAACUUUGGAUGAUGGUGGAUCACUUGUUUCGUAAUGCAAUCAAACAGGAAGACAUAUUUCAACAACCUGGACUCCGGAGCGAUUUUGCCGAAAUACGGGACUGCCUUGACACUGGCAUGGCGGAUUCUCUGUCUGGCAGUAACCACUCGGUAGCAGAGGCCUUGCUUCUCUUCUUGGACGCCCUCCCAGAGCCGGUCGUUCCCUACGCUUUCUAUCAGCAGUGCCUGGAAUGUUGCGCCGAUGCCGUCCAGUGUGAGAAGGUCAUUUUCAUGCUACCUCAGUGCAACCGAAAUGUUUUUAAUUAUAUCGCCGCCUUCCUGCGGGAGCUGUUGAAGAAUUCGGCAAGCAAUCGAUUGGAUGAUACCAUCGCCGCCACCAUCUUUGCCUCGUUACUCCUACGGUCAGCGACCAAGCAAGACCUCACGGAAAAGAGAAAAGCGCGGGAGUUCUUUCAGCACUUCUUGGGCCACAGCUCAUCCGAGACAAAGGACCACAUUUAAA